UCUCUGCCAUGCUUGCUGGAUUCAGUUCUUGUCCGGCCUUUACACGGUGAAAGACAGUGUUAGUUGUAAUUUUGUGAUAUUGAGUGAAAUUGUGAAAUUUGGCGUCUCUUUUCCAAUGGAAUAAAUUUUCUUCACGGAAAAUUUAAUUGGAAAUACAGUACAAUGGAAGAAGAAGAAGUUAGCAUUCGUGAAAAAGAUGCUGCUGCAUCUUCAAACGAUGUGAGGAAAGGAGGUAGGGUCAGAAAACCGAAACCAAUUUUUUCUCCCGAUGACUACGUUACGUCAAAGGAAAUAAAAAAAAGUACUGUCAAUGCCUUGAAAAAAAAAGCUCAAGUUGACCAAAGAUUAAUUAAGAAAUGUAGAUUGGAGUUGGAUAAAACUUACGACAAUGAGAAUGCUAAAUUGAUGUUAGCUGAUAAUGUCAAACCUCAAAAUGUCUCGACUGACAAAACAGUCGAAAAUGUGACUACUCCAAACAAUGAAUCUCAAAAAUGCGAAGAAAUCGAAAAGUUGCAAGUUCAAUUGGCAGCAAAAGAUGCUGAAAUUAUUAACUUAAAAAAAAAAAAUCGUGACAUUAGAGAGGAAAAUAUUAUGUUAAAAUCAGAAAAUCAUGCAUUUAAAAUCAGCCAACAGGGAAUGAAGGAUGUGCUGCUUUCAAUUAAUCAAAACGUGUCAAGUCUCGUAAAUAAUCGAGCAACAGAUCUAGUUCCAGAAGAAUCUUCCUCUUCUUCUGCAGAACCCACGAGGAUCCUGACUAAAAUUGCGGGUGUUUGCAUUGAAAAAUUUUCACUACAAAGAGCUCAACAUUCCCUCGAGCUCGAUGAAAGAUUGCGAAACAUUAUUCUGGGCUACUGGAAACCCAGUGAUUACAAGCUUUUGGCUAAUGCCAGGCCACCUGAAGGCGUUUCAAAAGAGGAAAUGAUUCCAAUAACAGACAGACAUGCCUAUGAAAUACUCAAUGUUGCUAUUGCAUUAGAGAAAGAAGACAUCCCACCACUUGAAAAACUUGCGUCUGCGUUGACAACUGAAGAUUUAAAAAAAAAAAUAGGAGGCGUCAUUAAGAAAGAAAGGUUUAAAAAGAAACCAAAGCAAAUUGAAAAUAAACUCAAAGGACAGAGCAAAAAAAUAAUGUCAGACAUUGAAGAUUUAAGUGAAGAUGAAAUGGGAGCCAGAGUAAAUGAUAGUAAUAGCGAAAAUUCAGAGGAUGAAGAGGACUUUUUUUUCGAUCAUGAUAAUGCAGAUAAUGAUGAUAAUGAAGAGGUUUUUGCGGACGACGAAAAUCUAUCUGACGAAGAAGAAGAAGAAAAUGAUGAAAAUGCAAUGGAAAUUGAUGCAGAAGUUGCAGUGAUUGACAAUAUUAAUGCAGCAAAUCCUAUUGCAGUUAAUAAUGAUGACAAUCAAGAGGAAGAAAUACCAAAUUUACAAGAAACAUUUUUUAGAGGUAUCAAUACCAUCGGUUUACGCGUGCCAUUAGAACAUAAUCAAAAUUUACGAGCUAUCGAUUAUCUCUUAGUAGCAUUAACGCGAGCGGUACGACACAAUUCAACAUACGAACAUUUAAUUGAUGAUUUGAAAUGGAUUAAAAAAUGUUUUACAGUUAUUAACAUGCCGACGACUAAAAAAGCUUUGUGGAAAAUACUUGGUCGAUCAAGAGAAAAUUUGAUAUACCGAUAUUUUUGCGAAAAAUGCAAACAACCAAUUGGUGUGGGGCAAAUAACAGUAAGAUGUCGUUGCAGUAGAUGUGGUCCAGGGCAAGAAAAAACAUUUGUUGCAAUCUUUAUUCAAAUUUUAUUGAGACCCCAACUUACUGAUUUACUACGCAUUCCCAAUAUUGCCGAAGCAUUAAAUUAUAGGGACAACAGGAUAAGAAUACACCCCGAUGCAAUAGAAGACAUCUACGAUGGUGAGAUGUACCUGCGACUCAGUGAGCCAGGCAACUUUUUAAGUAACCCGCACAACUAUUCUCUCACGUUCUGGACAGACGGUCUAAAAAUAACUAGAUCUUCCCGUGCUACAACAUACCCAAUUGUUUUUCAAGUCAACGAACUGUCACCGCAUGCUCGCAAAAAACAUUUGGUGCUGGGGGGCAUUUGGGUAGCAAAUGAGCACCCUAUUAUGAAUCAAAUUAUUGGACCAAUCAGAGACGAAUUGAGGCUCAUAUAUCGGCUUGGAAUCCGUUGGAGUCCUGACGGCAUUCGUGAAGUGAUCAGUAGGUUCAUAGUCACCAUCUUAACAGCGGAUUCCGUGGCAAGGCCAGACGUAUUGCGUAUGAAAAGAUUUAAUGGAGAAAAUGGAUGUCAAUUAUGUCUCGCUCCUGGACAAAGAGAAAACGAUACCUGGGUUUAUCCUGCCUUACCAUUUGUGGAACGCACAGAUGCUUCUAUAAGGACAGAUGGCUUAGCUGCUCUUCAACAAGGACAUGCAGUUAAUGGCGUCAAAGGCGUGUCGGCCUUAACAACAUUUCCUGAAUUUGACAUGAGAGAUGGUGUCGGUGUUGAUGUUGCCCACAAUGCUUUUCUUGGUGCAGCCAAAAGAUUAGUUGUCAGAUACCUGACUGAUGCAGGAGAACGUUGGUAUAUAGGAACUCCAAACGAAAUGGCUGCUAUAAAUGAAAGAUUGUUGAGGAUUAAACCACCGACAAGAAUUUCUCGACAACCGCGAAGCAUACUCCUUUACAAAAUGUGGAAGGCAUCAGAAUGGAGAAAUUGGCUUCUUUAUUAUGCACUGCCAUGUCUUGAUGGAAUAUUAGCUCAGCCUUAUUUCAAUCAUUUGGCAAUGUUGUGCCAGGCUGUAUAUAUUCUUAAUUCCGCUUCCAUCACAGAUGCAAAUCUCAACCAUGCAGAUCGUUUGAUUAAUGACUUCGUCAACGAUUAUCAGAGACAUUACGGUUUAGUAAAUAUGGUUUACAACGUGCAUCUUUUACUUCACCUUGUACGAUCAGUACGAAUGUUAGGUCCUUUAUGGGCAUAUUCUGCUCUACCAUUCGAGUCAUUAAACAAAAAAAUUACGGAUUACAUAACAAGUCCAAACGGUAGAGCAGACCAAAUCGUCACCCGAUUUUUUAUGAAAAAGUUCAUAAAUAUUGCUGCAGGACAAGCCCCGAUUUCACAAACGGCAAGGGAAGAAAUGUGUCGUUUACUGAAGAUAAGAGUUGAACAUAUAGAAGGCAUGCCAGAAGGGCACUAUUUUCUUGGUUUGGGUAGACUAAGAACUCGUAAUCCUCAAGUUCAAGAAAUAAAUCUUCUCAGAUAUGCAGGAUACGAAAUAGAAAAUGAAACGGAAAUUACACUAUUCCGAAGAGCUGAAAUUCAUGGGACAGAAUAUCGAGUUCAAGACAACGUUGAAAGAAAGUUUUGUAAUCACAUUGUUUUUACUGAAGAAUACCGAUUUUAUGAAAUUAAAAGCAUAUUGUCGUACAGACAUCAGGAUGUUACAGUCUCAGGAAUCAUCGGUCAACAUUUAGAAAGCAAUGGAAAUGUGUACGGGACUCCCCACAUGCAACGAGUUGUGCGACAAGAUGGAAGGGAAUUUAUCAGGUUCGAGAGAGUAAUAAGUCCGGGCUUCUUUAUUCCGUUGACGAACGGAUUGGCAGCUGUUUCUCUGUGCAACGUUUGGGAAACAGACUAGCAAUGCACACAAGUAGUCACUGUACCAUUAAAAAAAAACAUAGCUCGUAAUAAUGAUGAAUCUUCGAAAUCUGCCAAUCGUAUAAGUACUAAUUAAGAAUGCGUACCUGAAAUCGACACCGAUAUAGAAUCAAGUAUCUCCUGUUUUGGUUUUUCUAACUGUGUAAAAGGUUUUUAAGCAGAGAUUGUUUUCACUGAAUUAUUAUCCAAAAGCGUGUAAUCAUCUCUUAAGUGAAAAAAUUGCUUCCAUCAAACUAUGUGAAUGACAAUUAUUGCAAGGAACGACUUCUUGAAAUUAAACAUCCAACUACAGUGUGCAAUUGAAGAUGAAACGCAGAGAAAUCAUCGAAGAAGCAAAUAAAAAGAACUCCCUAAAGCAA